AUGGAUGUUCUCCUGGGCAAGAUCACCCAGCAUGCCAUGAAUUAUGCCAUCCGGUCUGGAAUUGGAAUAACCGCAUCUUUCGCUAUUGGCCAAACCUCGAGGUUGCUCAAGACCGUUGACGACAAUGGUGUCUACCAAGAGCUCCGGGAUUUGCAAGAGCGCCUUAAUAGCAAAAUUAGAUGUCAGGCUGACCUGAACAGUUCGGCAAGAGGAAAUACGACAUUAGAGUCAGCAGUUACACUAACAAAAUCACUUCGCUGGGAUAUUCAGUCUCUUGGUAUUCGACUCGAAAAAGCCGCUGCCGCCGAGGAAACAUCACGCAAAAACCGCAACAAGGCCAAAACUCGAGCCUCGCAUGAACUUGAGAUCCGUCAUAUUAUCCAAGACAUCAAGAAGCUUCUCACUCGCUUCGAGGAUGCAGUGCCACUCAUUAACCUAGCUAUCACCACAUCGGGUGCCAAUUUGUCAACUACGCUCCCAGCUUCCGUAUCUCCUUCCAGAUUAUUACAAGCCAGCACGCUCCUUACUGCUGGCGACACGCAAUAUAGGAUAAAUUCAGGGUCUCCCACACAGGUCGGAUCAGCCUUCACGUUAUCACUGUACAUGCUGUUCGCUGGUCAUGCAUUCCGAGCACAGGAAGAUUCUGAAAGUACUAGGGAGACUACGUGGAAAGAAGUCAUUCAUAAGGCGAGAGUAAAGCUUAUGCGUGUGCCUCUGAAUUACACCGGUCACUCCAACAAGUCACCAGCUGAGCACAAAGCAGAAGAAUCAUCGACAAUUUCGGGUGAAGGAAAAGCGAUGGAAUUUGCCUAUCAUAUCGAGAUUAUUGAGGAUCUAGACGAUGAUCGAGUCCAUUCCUUUGAAGAUGAUGAAACCCAACCAGGGCCAUACGGUGAUGUUCUACUCGCAGGCAUCCGAGAGACCCUACCAAUUCAUCAAAUAUCAAAGAUCUUCUACGCAGACACGGGCAAGAUCUUAAAUAUCGGCAGUCAAGGCGAAACUAACAACCCGGUACUGCUACUCAAGCGAGAUAUUAAUGCCCUCCCACCACGGAGAAUGAUGGAAGAGAACGAGAAGCGGGCUGAAUGGUAUGAGGAUCCAGAAGAGCUCGGGACCCCGGAGGACAAAGACGAUUCGCAGGACGAUAUCGAUCAGCAAAUUCGACGCGAGAGCUGUGUUGUUCUCCCACUGCAGGAGCCUGAUCAGCCGGCUCAGGAUAAUACCACAUGGUGUUUCCCACCUGACCUUGAUCCCGAGUGGUUGGCUCUUGAAGUCUACAUGGAAGAACCAGAUAGUAGCUCCGAAGAUGACCAAGAACCAACGGACGACUCUGCGUACGCCUCCCACCGACCCAGCUCAUCGAGCGAAGAGCCCAACCCCAGCAGCGAAGACCUCGCCGCCGGCCUUGCAGGCCUUGAUCUCUCGUCAAAAUCACCAUCUCCUUCCCCAGCUCAGCUUAUCAACACUCCAUCUCCCCCACAAAUGACUCCCAAACCCAGAUUAUCCUCAAAUGUACCUCAUUUUCCCUACGGCCAAAUGCGCUCAUCCCUCUCGCUUCUCGAAAUGCUGAUCCGCCUCACCGCCCUCCAGCAAUUUCAACAAGCCUCCCACCUCACCAUCUCCGACGAAUUCCUCACUUUCUUCCUUGAAGAAUCAAGCACCACAGGCGCGGGUGGCGAUGCCGACAACAGGCGCCGCACACGACGGGAAGCGAGACGCAAGGUGGGGUUCGAUCCGUAUGAUGAGAGUCCAGUGAAGAGACAUGGCGAGGAAUAUCAGUAUGAGCAAAGAGAGGGCUACGAACGUGGUGGUACGCCUUUCACGGAGUACGACCGGUACGAUGGUGGUGGAUAUCACGGUUAUGGUCCUGCUUCCCCCUCGCCACGAGGGACGCCCGAACCGUGGCUGUUGAGGGGCUGCGAUGUGUCGUCUAGUCCUAGGCCGAGGAGGAGCACUUCUGACAUUCCGCCUUCGUCGCCAAUGAGCCCUUACCGGCCUGUGAGGAGCUCUACACGACCGCUGCCGGUGCAGAGAGUGAAGAACACUAUGAAUCCGAGCAAAGGUAGCCCGUUAGGGAGAGGUGUGAGUGUCGAGACUGACUCUACGCUCGGGACGAGCCCGGGUAGUCCGGUGUUGGGGACCAGAGGAGCGAAAGGUGAGAAGAACUAA